CCCACCCAAAUCCAAAAGCUCAACGGAACUCUGAAACUCUCUCUCUCUCUCUAGUCUCUCUCUCUCUAAGUUUCCGCUUCAAUGGCGACCUCCAUAUCCAUAUGCUUCUGUCCGUACGCUCAAUCUGGACGUAGGGUUCGGAAUCCUCGCGGUUCUACUCCGAAGAAGCACCGACCUCGGAACCCUAACCCUAAGGUUAAGCCCGACCCUCCUCAGUUGAAGCUUACAACGAGCUCGAAAGAGCUCUCCUCCGUCGGCGCCGAAGCCACCACCUACACUCGAUUGCCUCCCAAAGAGGAUUUCUCUCUUCCUUCCUUCGAUUCCUCUUCGUACCAAUUCGCGUCCGAGAUUAAGCUCUCAGAAUCAAGCUACGCGGCGGAGAUUCGCCGCGAAAUCGACGAAGAAGGUGAUGAAGAAGAAGAAGAAGAAAACGGUGUAGGAGAUAAUUGGGAGCUUAAUUACGGUAAAUUCGAGGUCUUUGAAGUGGGUGGCGAAGAGGAAGACGAGGAUGAGCAAGAAGACGAUGCGAAUUGGGAGGGUUUAGGAUUUAAGGACGGCGAAAAGAUUGAAUUCUCCGGUAGUGAGGGUGAUUCGGAGGAGAUAAGCGUAAAGGAGAAGGGCGUCCCAGCGGUAAUGCGGUGUUUUGACCGAGCGAAAAUCUACGUGAGGGCGGGGAAUGGUGGCAAUGGCGUGGUGGCCUUCCGACGAGAGAAGUAUGUGCCGUUGGGCGGCCCGUCGGGUGGCGAUGGCGGGCGAGGCGGGAAUGUGUACGUUGAGGUUGACGGAUCGAUGAAUUCACUAUUGCCGUUCCGAAAUAGUGUCCAUUUUCGGGCUGGGAGAGGGAGCCAUGGGCAGGGGAGGAUGCAGGCCGGGGCUAGGGGAGAGGAUGUGGUGGUUAAGGUGGCACCGGGGACGGUGAUCAGAGAGGCUGGCAAGGAGGAGGCGCUUUUGGAGUUGUUGCAUCCGGGACAGAGGGCUUUGCUGUUGCCCGGAGGGAGAGGAGGGAGAGGGAAUGCGUCGUUCAAGUCCGGGACGAAUAAGGUGCCGCGGAUUGCGGAGAACGGCGAAGAGGGUCCUGAAAUGUGGUUGGAGCUGGAGCUAAAGCUGGUUGCAGAUGUUGGAAUAGUCGGUGCACCAAAUGCUGGGAAAAGUACACUUUUGAGUGUGAUAAGUGCUGCCCAGCCAGAAAUAGCAAAUUACCCCUUCACAACCUUAUUGCCCAAUCUGGGUGUAGUUUCUUUUGACUAUGAUUCUACCAUGGUUGUAGCAGAUCUGCCAGGUUUACUUGAAGGAGCCCAUCGAGGUUUUGGUUUGGGUCACGAGUUUCUGCGACACACUGAAAGAUGUUCUGCUCUGGUACAUGUUGUUGACGGCUCAUCCCAACAGCCAGAAUUUGAGUUUGAUGCAGUUCGUCUGGAGUUGGAACUGUUUAGUCCUGAAAUUGCUGAAAAGCCUUUUGUUGUUGCUUUUAACAAAAUGGACCUUCUGGAGGCACGUGAGAACUGGCCUUCGUUCAAGGAAAGUCUACAAGCUCGUGGAAUUGAACCCUUUUGCAUGAGUGCAGUGCAAAGGGAGGGCACUCACGAUGUCAUAUGCGCUGCAUACAAGCUUCUUCAAGAAAGAAAAGCAGCCGUGGAGUUAGAUGGUUUUGGAGAGCAGAACAAUCUGAAUCAUGUAGCUGAUAUGGUGCGUAAGCGGAGAGCUGCCUCGAUCGAUGAGUUUGAGAUCUCUCAUGACAGCAAUACCAAUACUUGGCAUGUUAUCGGAUCUGGGUUGCAGCGUUUUGUCCAGAUGACAAACUGGCGAUAUGUGGAUUCUGAGAGAAGGUUCCAGCAUGUUUUAGAGGCUUGUGGUGUGAACAAAUCUCUCAUGAAACUUGGUGUGAAGGAAGGUGACACAGUAAUUGUUGGAGAGAUGGAGAUGGUGUGGCAUGAUUCUGCCGAUGGUUCUGGUUCAUCAAAUAUGAAAAGAUCUGCAGAUUCAAUCAAAUGGCCUGAAUGGAAGUGACCACCAGUUCUUAAGUAUACUAAUCCACUGUUUAAACAACGGUUUUCCAGGAUGUAAUAUGAGAGAUGGCUUUAAAGUAUAAUCGCAGACCGGUGGUAAUUUAUACAAGCAACUCCAUAAAUAUUGGUAGUAAAGCUGGUACAAUGACAGUGAUUGUCGGCCAGGUCGAAGAAUGAGAGCAUGGCAAUUGACCAGAAAUCUCAGUAUAGAAGAAGCCACAGGGAGAAGCAUAAUUCAAAUGAGCAAAUCUACGCACUUGCACUCAAAUAACAGUGUCCUGACUCGUAGCUGUUCUUCUGUGUUGUUUAUGAAAGUUGAAGCUUUUGUGACUUGAGGCUUUUUCACUAGUUAUUGCUUCAUAUUGGAACGGUAA